AAUCUUAUGGCUUUGGAAUAAUUCAACAAGGCUGUGGCAAGCAUCUGCGGGAGGCAGUCAUCACUUUUCUGCCAACAUUUGUAAAUUGUAGUCGCUGACCAUUGCAGAAAAUAAACUUGGACAGGAGAAUGUUGCCAGAUGCUGGUAUAAGUACUACCAAGAAAGAACAAAAUAACUGAAAAGGUUGAAAGGGUCUUUAAAAGAUGAAACCUGGUAAAACUCCAGGAAAGCAGCAGGAGAGCCAAUCAUUCAAGAGCUUACUAGAUAAGGAAGAAACUAGACCAGGAAUGUGAGAAAACACCUUACAGUAAUGCUACAGGAUGGACUCGUUCAUUUGUGGAACCUGUGGCAGGACAUUUCAUGCACUUGAUGAUUUUGCUGAGCACAAAGAAACCCACAAAUCUCAGCUUGCAUCACUUUCUUGUGGUACAGCUAAAGACAAAAGCAUAGCAGCAGAUGUAACACAAGUCACUGCCCCCAUCUUCAGUCCAGUAGCUCCAUUAAUAUCAUUGCCAUGCACAGAAGAAGACAGUCCUUCAAAAACACUUCCAACACAGACAAAAGGUUUCCAGUCCAUCUCUGUGAUUAGUCCUAGCAAAAAAUUCAACUCCAUGGCGUACUCAACUGCAAAAUGCCAUACUUCCAUUGGAGGAUCAUUCCCAAUAGUACAACCAAGAGUUGUAAAUGGACAGGGCAUAUUGAAGCACAGUGGUUUUAGAGGAAAGAAUAAUGGGCAAGAGUUUUACUCAUUGUCUUCAACUCUGCCAAAAUCCACAUCUGGAGAUGUUGACUGUAAUAUCAGUAAUGAGGAUCCCUUGCUCAGUUUGAAAGUUGGAUGUAAACCUGCAUCUUCAGUACAUAUACUACCUAAGAUUCCUAGACCACAAGAAUCUCAGAAGGGUCUCUCUCAUCAGAUGCUUGAGGAGGGCUCUUUAACCUUGGAUUCUGGUAACCAAAAAACUAAAGACCAAACAUAUGUCCCUGUAUCGAUUGAAUGCAACCCACAUCCUCAUCAGGUAGGCAAGAACUGUAUUCAUAUCUAUGAAAAUAAUAAUGAAGAUAUUCCUUUCGGACAGCUCAUAUUAGAAGAUAACUUAAUGGAUGUGUUGUGCAUUGAAAUCUCUAGUGAUGGGAAGAUCGUUGAGUCUGUGUCGUCAGAUAUUUGCAGUGUUAAGGCUGUUCCAAAGACUUUAAAAAAUGGAAUGUCUGUUGAUGCAAAAGCACAGGUGAAAGAGGAAGAAAAAACAAGUAAAAGAGUGAAAGAUUAUGAUAAAACUAAUCAGGAAGUGAAAAAAAGGUCAAAAAGCCCCUUUCAUCCACAUGAUAAUGCAGAAAAUGACCAACUUUUGACAGCCAAAGGUUAUAUGGAACCGGAAAGCAAUUUUAUUGUUGAAGAAAGUGUUGGGAUUGAAGAAUCUGAAAAUGUGGAAAGAAAUGUCAUUAGCAGUAGACAUAAUGUAACUGACCAUCGGGUGGAGAGUGACAGUGUAACUGAGGAGAAAAUUGUAGUCAAAUUUAGAGCAAAAGACUGCCCAAAAGACAUACCAUUAGAGGAUUUCAAAGAAGGUAGAUAUGCAAAUUUGGCUGAAGGAGAGGGACCAAGUUUAACGGUGCGCACUGACUGUGAAACGGGUUUGGUUAGUGAUGAAGGUAUGGAUCUCAUGAACUUGUAUGGUGGUGAAGUGACUGAUAUGACUUAUGCCUCUGCACCUGGGCUCUACACCUUAAUUCUAAAUGCUGACAACUCCUUCACUUUAAUUGCAGGAGGUUGUCAGGGAUCUGCAAAUGGACAGAACAGUCGCAUCUAUGUUUGCCACCACUGCAAGAAGUUUGCCUCUUCUCAGUUAGAGAUAUUGAACCACAUUUCACAUACUCAUCCCGAGGAUCUGGUUGAUGUAAAUCGUUGCAUUGCAGAGUUCAGCUCAUUAUCGAACUCCGAGAGUGAUGCCAAUGCCAGUGAUACUGGUCAGAUAGUAUUGUCUAGUGACACCUCAACUGGUGGAAAGUUGAAUUCAGAAGAAUUGGAUGAUAAAUGCAUCCUGGAAAUGGAUGAAAAUUGCCCAAAGCAAGAUCUUUUAUCAAAAUAUGAGCCAAAAAAAGUGACUAGAAAGAAAGUAGGUCGACCUCGGAAAGAGGAUCGGUUGGCUGUGGAUGAGGAUUGUAAUUUGCAUUCGAGUGAAGCCCGAAGUUUUACAAAGGAUGGUGAUAAUAUUAUUUGUAUGAAUUGUCAGAAAUCAUUUCCAAAACACAGACAGUUUGACAAGCACAAAUGUCACAUUUGGAAGGAAAAUCUUCAUACAUCAGAGGUGAAUGACAAACUCUCUUUGACAGAUGUUCAAGGUGGGACAGGAGAAUAUUGCAUUUUUGAUGAAAAUGUAGAGAAUUUUAGUUCCUCUUUCUUAGAAUAUGACUUGGGAGAAGAGUGGAAAGCCAGUAAACGAUACAAACCAAAAGUGAAGAUUAAAAGUAGGGAUGUUGAGCGCAUAAAACGAGGGAGACCUCCUAAGGUGGAUGUUAUGGAUAAAAAGCCCAUGCCUUUCCCCAUCGGUGAAGAUAAUGGCAGUGAGGCUAAUAAAGGUAUCAUUAAUCCUAUGUCCAGUAACUGCACAGACUACAAAGCAUCAGGCCCUCAUCAGUCUUCAGGUGCUUACGUGGCUUUCCAAUCAUCUGGUGUCAGUAGUGGAGCAAAUCCUCCCAUCCUGAAUUCUAUACCAACUUUACCAAUUUUCUCAAAUGCUCAACAACAGGAGCGACUUCACAAAUGGAUUGCUCAGAUUGAUUUGAGUUUUGUUGACACUAUCAUUGAUAAACUGUGUCACAAUGACAGAAAUGCUGGAUCUCAAAGUGGAGAGAUGUAUAUGUGUAGAGAAUGUAAAGUUCUCUUCCGAAGUCUAAUGGCAUGUCGCCGACACUGUGCCAAACACAUGGCUAGGAAGGCAUUUACUUGUCCUGAUUGUGACUUUGCCACAACAAAUGUGGGUGCCUUAUAUUCACACUAUCGUAAUCACACCCAGAACCUCUAUGCCUGCAAUAAAUGUGAUUUCAGGGCUCGCAUCAAAGCUCAUUUUAGGGAUCAUUUGGAAACACACAAUCCUAAUAGGUACAUUUGUCGGUUGUGCCAGAGGCCAUACAGCACUUCUAAUUCUCUUAGAAGUCACAUUUAUCUGUACCAUUCCAAUGAAGAGGGCAUGAAAUACCUUUGGUGUUUGAGGAAGAAGAAUCAAGACUGCAACUCAAAGAAUGUCUUUUUUCAGUGCCCAGUUUGUAGCAAGCUGUUUGGCGAGAGGUCGUCUGCCAACCGGCAUCUUGCCAGCCAUGCUCCAAUUGUACCAGAAGUCUUUAUCAGAUGUGAAAUUUGUGAGGCUGAGAUUCCCAAUCCUGGAACUCUUAAGAAACAUAUGAUGAAGCACAAAGUUGUCUAUAUAUGCUGCAUAUGCCACAAACCGCAGGCUACUGCAAGUUGCCUGCGAAAUCACCAAAAAAUUCAGUGUCCCACUCCUCAACCAGAGUCAUUCAGACAGUCACUCCUCUUGUCCUUCACUUCUUCUGAGACUUUACCAAGCCUUCUUUCCAAUAAGAGAAUUGGACCAUUGCUCCAAGAAGAGACCAGUCAUAAUUCUGAGGACAAAAGUUUAACAGGUUGCAAAGUGAGUAGCUCCCUUCUCCUGCAGAUGCAAGAAGUUGGCUAUAAACAGAUUUAUGAACUACUCAGGGCCAAUGAAGACGACAAACUCAAAGGGAUAGAAUCUGAACAAACUGUAAGUGACGUUAUGAAGAUUGUUAUUGAUACAAGAUAUGGAGAAGAGAAUGAGCAGUUUGUCUCAUGGGAACAACAGCAACUGAGAGUGGGGAGCCCCAAGCACCCUCAUCAAGAAGAGGAGCUUGAUCAAACACAUUACCAAGAAAUAGAAAUGGAGACCCAGUCGUCCACAUAUGGUGCACCGUCAGUUAUAACUCGCAGAGACAAUAUGGCUGAUGUGCCUCCCAUGGGGCUGUUGAAUCAAGACCCAGCGUCAGGUGAGAGUGAUCAGCGUGUUGUGGUCAUCAGUAACAAUGGCGAAGAGCAGACUGUGGUAGUAGAGGAUGGGCCAAUGAUGAUGAUGGAAGAAGAGCGCUUUGUCAUCAUAAGUGAUGAGAGUGUAUGUAAACAGCCCAUCAGUUUUGCAAAGUUUUUUGAGGAUAAUGGUUGAAGAAAACUCAGUGGAACUGUCUCUUUCCAUUGCAUUAAAGCUCUAGGGCGUGAGUAUCAGAUAACAAGAAGUGUGGAGUACUGCAUCUGCAUCACAAAUAUGGAGCAUAUUUUAUCCAAAGUUUCUGUCCCAUAGAAAAAGGUACACAUGCCCAGUGAAAUUGCAUUAGAUGAUAGUCACAAAGUAACUACGAGGGUUCCAAUAAGCAUUACUGCUCAUGGUUUGCACAUUACUUAUGCCAUCUGAUGUGCCUUUCCUCCUCUCUUCAUAGGCUUCACUUACCUUCAGUCUUUGGUCCUUGCGUCCUUUACUUUUCCCCAUCAUUUAUUUUCUAUUGCUAUAGAUCAUACUUCAGUUUUAGAAUACAUAGCACAAAACAGGUCUUCCAUCUUUCCUCUGUCUUCAUAUUCAAGUUAAUUAAAUAUAUUUGAAGAAUAUAUAGCAUUGCUGCAGUUUCAAGGUUGCAUUAGCCAGCUUUUUUUCUGCUUUGGGAUAUGGUCUGUGUUUACAUCAAAUAUGCAUUAUGUAUUCUUCUUUAUUUAGCUAAUUUUUUAUUUUCUACAUAUCCACAGCUUAGGUGUUAAAGUUCUUUAUUCACUAUCCAUGAUUAGGUUUUUGUGCAGACUUAUCCUGUUUUUGUUUCCUAAUUACACAAGCCCUAAUUGCAUGAAAGACAUAUGUUUAAUUUUAUUAGUUGCUUUGAAACUUAACUAGUGACAUGGUUGUUGGUCUAGAAAAUAAGACUAUAGUAAUACAGUAACUUGAUGAUACUAUAUUACAUUUCAGUCUUGUACUGCAAUGCUACUCCAUGAUACCCUUUGCAUGGAAACUACUUGAUAAUUCUGAACAAUUAACAUUAAAGUACUGUACUUGAUGUUGCCUUUGACUUCAAAAUUUCUUGUUUGAAAAGUUAGCUAAUAUAAAAAUGCCUUAUAUGUAUAAUUCAAUUAAUAAUGCUUUUUAGAAUUUCAAAACACUCCAUGAAGAUUUCCUAUUCUGCCAUCUCCUAUAAGCUUUAAUUUUAACAGAUUUCCAUAAUUGCCUUUAAUGCUCACACACCAAUGCAUUGGCAUUGAAGUCUUACUCAGUGCCAUGUUGUUUCACUUCUGAAUCCAGUCUUCCUUCCCUCAUACUGUCAAGUUGUAGAAUGGGCUUCCUGGCAGUGUAAGAGGGUGCAGUACUUUGAAGCUCUGUGAACUAGUACUUAAUUUUUUUUACUACUGACGAUGAAUUUUUAUGCAAUUUUUCAUUUACUGAUAGAACUCUGUUACUGCCAUCUCUCCUUUUCCUAUCCUUUACACGUACUGUAUUUCUAAGAAGUAUCCUUGAAUGAUUUAUUAUGUAUUAUAUUUCCCAUUUAUAUUUACAAUGUAUAGUUACAGGAAUAGAUUUUCCUACAUUGAGGCAUGUCAUUGUGAUCAGUGCAGAAACACAACUUAUUCCAAAACAG